CAAAAAUCAGUUGACUUUCGAAAAAUAACAACAUUAGGGACUCAUAAUAUUUUCUACUGUACUUAGCUGGGUGCGGCCUUAUUCCCAACUUUCCUUAAGGAACGUACCCAAAUUGCUACGGUCACUGCAGGCUGACACGCUGACAUUUAUAGGUUAUGAUACAGUCAUAUGAGACAACAAAAACAAAGAAGAAAAUAAAUAAUAACAACUCGAUAUGUUUAUCGUAAGUUGACCCGACUGCAGGAAUCAUGAGCAAAAACUUACAGUCGCUAACGAAAUUAACAGAAUUUGCCCCACUGCAACAAGAGGAGAAACCUCAAGGUGUGGGUAAAAUUCUAUCAAAAUUUUUCAAAAUAUCGAAAACUGAACAUGUGCAAAACUCGGACAACAAUACUGCCAGCUCAGAGGGUGGGUCCACAUGGGAUAAAGAUUCGACCACCCCAUCAGAUGCGUCCUCCCCAAAUAUUUACCCGGUAGACCUAGAUGAAGGCAGAAGUCUACCAAAUGUUCUAAAAAGAAUCAGUAAUCUGUUGGCACUUAAAACUAACAGUUUGCAAGACUAUGCCGACACAGAUUUAAAGCAGUAUUGGAUGCCAGAUUCAGUAAGUAAGGAGUGUUACGAGUGCUCAGAAAAAUUCACAACAUUUCGAAGAAGACACCAUUGCAGAGUAUGUGGUCAGAUUUUCUGUUCUCAAUGCUGCAAUCAGCAAAUUCCUGGCAAAAUAUUCGGAUGUACAGGAGAUUUGAGAGUGUGCACUUAUUGUUGCAAAGUAGUAUUGUCUUAUCUUCAAUCUUCGAACUUCAAUGAGAAUCUGUCGACCGAUUUAAAGGCGUUGCAAGAAAACUUGCAGAGCAAAUUUGGAGACUCUCCAAGUACCUUAUUGGCCAAUGAAAUAGCACAUAAUGCUGCUCUAAAUGCAUCUGAAAGCUGUGAAGGGCUAAGAAGGAAAAUUUCCGUUGGGUAUCAGGAAGAGCGUUUUGGCACUGAAAGUUCUGCGACAUACCUUUCGAAUGAAGAGAAGUGCAAGGCUCUGCAAAAUUCCGCGUCUCUAAAAAACCUGUUUGAUGAAAUCUGCAAAUCUACUACAGGAAUCAAUUUCGGUCCUUACAAACAUCGCCGCAGGACUUAUCCUGAAUGCUUUUUAGGGUCUGAGUUGGUCGACUGGUUGAUUUGCCAGCAAAAGGCAAAAACUCGGGUGCAAGCAGCUGCUUUAUCGCAAGCACUUCUAGAAGGUGGCUACAUAGAAUCGUUUUCGGAGCCCAUUGUAUUUACCGACGGAUAUGUCCGCUAUCGGAAAGGAAACUUGUUCUCCACAAAUUUUACGAGAUUGUCGCCUAAUUAUGAAGCACCUCCGCAAGAAGAACCGAACUGGGUACAGCAAAUUCCUCACGAGCUCGGCAAUACAGAUUCAGACAAUGAGCAAAUAUCGCCAUCACUGACUGGCUUAUCAACUUCAAAUUCUUAUAUGCUCAAUUUGAAUCUUGAAGCGAACAGCGUCUACUUAUCCAGGCCUCUGGAAUCACCUUAUGGCCAACAGAAUCAGGAAAAUGAAGUACGAACACACACGCACGAAGAAACAACAGUGGUUCAACCGUCCGAUCAGAGGGAAUUAGCUCCAGAAUCAGGAUGGUUUAACGCAUCUGUUCUCCGGGAAGAAAACGGCGAAAAAGAAGCAUACGAACUACUUUCUGAGGCUUAUGAACAACACGAGCACAGUUUGCUCAAACAGUUACUGUUAGCAAGAGGCCUGCCCUCUACAUGGAGUGGUAUUUUAACGCCCUUAGUCAGGAACAUCAUCUCAGUAAUCAGACCCGACAAAAACCACGAUGCAAUUGCACUGGACAUUCGCAACUACAUUCAGAUUAAAAAGCUGCCGGGAGGCAGCAAAGAAAAUUCCUAUUUGGUCAACGGCAUAGUGUGCAGUAAAAAUGUGGCUCAUAAGGACAUGGCCGUCGAUAUCGAAAACCCUAGAAUACUGUUGCUAGAGUGUUCGAUAGUAUAUCAAAGAACUGAAGGCAGAUUGAUGUCUUUGGAACCGGUGCUCAUGCAAGAGCAAGAGUACCUUCGGCACGUAGUGGCUCGAAUAGCCGCUCUACAACCAGAUGUGGUAUUGGUGCAUAAAAACAUAUCACGACUGGCCCAAGACAUGUUAAGACAACAUCAAAUAACGCUGGUUCACAAUGUGAAAAGAUCUGUUCUUGAUCGGUUGGCCAGAUGUACUGAAGCGGACAUUGUAACGGCAGUGGACGCACAUAUCGGGCGGCCAAAGUUGGGAACUUGCGCCAGGUUUUACUUGAAAACUUUCAACAGAAAUAAAGAUGGAGGUAAAACGUUAAUGCUCUUCGAAGGUCUGGUAAACCCCAGUCUUGGCGCCACGGUUCUAUUGAGAGGCGCCUCCAAGUCAGAGCUAGCAAGAGUGAAAGAGGUGGCAUCUUUUAUGGUCUUCUCCGCUUACAAUUGGAGAUUGGAAAAGUCGUUUUUGAUGGAUGAGUUUGCGUUGCCGCCCAAUUCACGAAUGGAAUUUUUGGAUGAUAGCCGAGAGGCAUCACCACAAUCUCCUAAGCCCAAGGUAAUGGUGGAUUUGAUUUCAGUCGAAGAUUUGAUCGAGAAACAGGACAAACAGUCAAGUGAAGAGGGUGAGAAUAUUAGAUCGCUGCUGGAUGAGAAAAAAGUGACUCCGAAGCAAAUGGAAAUAUUCACGGAUCCGCUGCAGUCCUCUGAGCCGAAGAAAGUCACUGUUGAGUCAGUAAAUGACAACUCUGAUCCUUUGCAGUCAUACGAUGCCGCCUCAAAAAAAUCUCUGGUUGGCGAAACUUUAACGGUUGCCCAACUUCCAUUUUCGAAUAAAUUUAAAAAGUAUCUGGACGACACUAUCCUGUGCAUUUCGCCUUAUAUAUUGUUACCCGUGCCUUAUCUAGAAACGGACGUGGGCAGAAAAUGCGACCUCCGGCGAUUUUUCUAUAAGGACAUGUAUUACAGUGAACAGUUUGAAACCAGCACGAAGAGCAAAUGGAAGAAUAUCGAAACAGCAGAAAAUGUACUUGAGGACAAUAACAAGAAAAAUUUAACAACACUGCAUCCGUUUCAAGCGGCGAAAAUUCGAAAUGUCGACAGCAACAGCAUUCAAAACAUGUUGGCACAUUUUAGAGCUUGUGGAGGCCAAUACUCGAAGAAGGAAAUUUUCAACAUUAUCGGACCGAUCCCAGAUAAGCCUGUGAAGGUAAAUUCGGAAAAGAAGCGCAUGGAUGUGUUGGAUCCGUCGAACCACCAACGAUUGGCGGUUCUAUUUUACAGUUUCAGCCACGAGUCCAGUAAUGCGCCCGCAUUUUGUGUGAAUCCUUGGGUGGUUUACAUGGAUUUUUAUGGUCGAAACGACAUACCUAUAGGAUGCUUCCUUGAAAGGUAUUGCUUCAGAGCAUCUUAUACGUGCCCGUCCAAGUCGUGUAGCACAUCUAUGGUUCAGCAUAUUCGGAGAUUUGUCCAUAAUUCAGGUAGUGUAACUGUGUCGUUGAAUAAUUUCACCAACGAGUUUGCCGAAGAAAAUAUUGUAAUGUGGAGUUGGUGUACGAAGUGCCAGAGCGUGUCUCCAGUGGUUCCCCUGUCUGCAGACUCUUGGUCGUAUUCAUUUGCCAAAUAUUUGGAAUUAAGAUUUCAUGGGGAGAUUUUUAAUAGGCGAGGCCAAAGUCCAUGUCGGCACAGUUUGCAUCACGAUCACUAUCACUAUUUCGCUUACAAGAACUACGUGGCCUCUUUCAAGUAUUCGUCGAUCAACAUAUGGGAAAUUUCCCUUCCACCGCCUGUAAUAAAAAUAACUGAUAAUUCAGCCGAGCGCCACACUGCGCUCAUAGAGGAAAUAAAGACUUUAACCCAAAAAGGACACGAUUUGUUCCUGCUAAUCCAGAAAAAAGCGGCUGUUGUCCCUGGAGAAGAGCUGGAGGGCAUUGGGAAUGUAUGGCAGGUGCUCUCUAAAGAGCAGAGUCAGUUCAAACAGAAAGUAGAAGAAGUGCAACUGAAGUUGACCUCGCCAACCAAUGAAAAUAGGGCUUUUGAGCAGGAGGCAAUAUUUCAGUCAUACUGGAAGAUACAAGACAGCGUUACCAACAUUAAACUAGCAUUGGCCGAAAUAGUGGAGAACUGGAAUUGUCACUUGGGGGAGGCAAUAAGGAAAUCUGAUAAAAGGAAGGAGAAAAAUGCGGUGUCUGACUUAGAAAGCCCGGCUAAUGAGGCAUCCGAAAAAUCUAUCUUUGAUUCAUAUAAAGAACCCGCUCUCUCUGAAAAAGGAGAAAGUUUUGAAGAAGCCAGUCGACACCAGUCGGAUACUUCAGGGACACACAUUGAAGAAUCCACUGACAGCAAAAAGGAAAUAAUCAGGAAAGAAAAAUCGGUCAAAAACAUACUGGAUAAGCUUCUGCCAUCAUCAGGACAAGUCAAUUUAAUUCCGAGCCCAUUUGCACCCGAUGAGCAUUACAAUCUGCCUUCAGGAGCUUAUGGCACGAUUCCAGUAAUCGAAAACGAACUCAGUUCCAUAAUAGCGCACGCCUUAAACUCGUUCGAGUACAGAAAGGCACUUGAAGAGCUGGACAUCAAGAAAAUCCAUAAUUGCGACCAAACACCCAGCCCUGUGAGCAAGCGAAAAAACAACACAGAUAAGGAAAAAGCUGAUGACGAGAAAGUUAGCGGAUUGUUGGGCUUUUUGCGUAACAAGGAUUCGAAGAUGGAUUUGGGUAGUCCUUUAGCUGCACCUGGCACCGAACUAUUAGACACAGAGCAGGCAACGGCCACUUCCGAAAAACCCUCUGAAGAUCUGAAAAAGAACAAGCACUGCCACAUUGAGGUCCAAUUUCAGGAUAGCACUUGCAACUUCUUUUGCCGCGUUUAUCUUGCUGAUAAGUUUGCGAAUCUGAGAUCGUCCGUGCUGCCAAUCGGCGAGGAAACCUACAUCAGAUCACUGAGCAGAUCGAUUCAUUGGAAAGCCGUGGGCGGAAAAUCUGGUUCAAGUUUUUCAAAAACGCAAGAUGAUAGAUUUAUUUUAAAAGACAUGCCAAGGGCGGAGGUUCAAAUCUUUCUGGAAUCGUCUGCUAAUUAUUUUACAUACAUGCAGAAAUGCUGCAGCACAAUGCAGCCAACGCUGCUGGGAAAAAUUGUGGGUAUUUAUCAAAUAUUCUACAAAAACGCGUCCAACGUUGAACAUAGAUGCUACCUUUUGGUGAUGGAAAACCUGUUCUACAACCGGAAUGUUUCUCAGAAAUUCGACUUAAAGGGCUCGAUGAGGAACAGAUUGGUGGUACCUGACAAUGAAGAGGGCGAAGUUGUUUGGCUUGACGAAAACCUAUUAAAAAUGACUUGCGAUAAUCCCUUGUACGUGUUGCCGCAUGCCAAAGAAGUUUUACUUGCUGCUAUCCAAAAUGACACGGAAUUUCUGUCUACCCAAUCUGUUAUGGAUUAUUCGCUCCUCGUAGGGUUGGAUAUGAAGAAUAAAGAACUGGUUCUUGGAAUUAUAGACUACAUCAGAACGUUUACCUGGGACAAAAAGCUAGAAACCAUAGUUAAAAGAACGGGAAUUCUCGGCGGACAAGGCAAACUUCCCACUAUAAUAUCACCGGAAGAGUAUCAGAAACGGUUUAUCGAGGCGAUGCACAGAUAUUUCUUGGAAGUUCCCGAUCACUAUGCCGGAAUGGGCAAAGGACUGGAUCUUUAAUUCGAAGCAAUAUGUAAGUAUUUUUAUUUUCCUUUCGGUUGUUGCUCGUCAAUAUUUUUAGUAAAAGUAUUAUGUAAAUUAGAAUACAGUAUUAGGCGAAUUUAAUGAAAUGUGGGGCUAAACAGAAACGAAGCGACCACUAUCUCGGAUCCUUAGAAUAUUAAAAAAAGCUCGGCUCGUUAAUUUACAUUUCCAUAAGGAAACAUAAUAGUGGAACGACUUUCUCCUUGUUGCAAAGGUAUUUCCAUUUUAUUGCGACUGUAUCUUUUUUUAAUGAUGUUACUUUAGCGGGUCGCACACAAUUUUAAUCGUAAAAUUGUGGCAACUUUUUAAAUAGUUUUCACCACAAUAAUUUAUAGCUUUGCUCAAAUGGAUGAUGCAUGUUUCGUAGAAUUUCAGGCUGAAAUCGUUAUCUCUUGACACUCAAACGUACUAUUUUUGCGUAACUUUCUCUCUAAAAGCACAGCAUGCUAAAAAAUCACCCAGUCUUCAAUGGUUGGUUGUUAUUGCCGAACCGAUAGCUUCUUCUAAUAGUCUAAGGAGCCCCAGUAAAGAUUGCUUGGUAUGAAACAUGCUCUAAUAAUAUGAUUGCCAGCAAUUCUUAACAAACUAUGCAUUUAAUUCACUUGUAAAAUAGUAAAUACUGUGAUAAACUGUUUGUACAAUAAACCAAAACACGAGACAAAGUGUAAUUAUAAUUAUGCGCUGGCACAAAUAAUUCGAUCUGGGACUUAUGUUUUUAAAGGAUGGGAACAUACGUGAACAAUUCCACUUAUAUAAAAUAUACUUUAUUACUGAACAAUCUUACAUGAUAAUAGUAAUAUUGGGCAAUUAACUUGCAUUGAGUAAAAUUGGGCAACAUGCUAAAAGGGAGGAAUGUGGCACUUUAGAACGGGAAAAAUAUCUUGGCGCUUGGGUAACCACGUUUCACUAUCACUAUUUCAUGAGAGAUGACUAAGUACCUUUAAUAGAUUUUAAGUACUAAUUCGAGAAGUACACUUAUGUAUAUGUGUACAGUGUGGUUCAAAUUGGUCUCAGAUGAAUGGGUCGUUUUAAUACUGUGAGAAUAAGAUAAAGGGAUGACAAAAUAUGCUAUUCAAGUUAUGCGACACGGAAGAUUUUUUUAAACACAAUUGGGACAACCUGCAUGUGUUGGUUUCUUUUUAUAACAUAAUAAGGAAUGUGGGUUAUAGAUUUUAAUGUAUACAGGGUGAUCCAGGUGUCUUCCAAACUGUACAAUAUUGUCAUUAUGAUUUGAUUGUUUUUAAAUUGCAAUUAAUCUCUGAAACAAAUAAAAAUCGGAUCUGGACAGAUGUGCAUAUACCGUUUAUUCUACACAUAUCCUGAAUCAUCAUGUAUAGUCUUAUAUUAUAGCUACUCACCGUGCGUGGGCAUUUUAAUAAAAAGUCUAUAAUACUAUUCAAGAAAUAAACU